CCUUCAAUAUCGACAGCGUACUAAUAGCAUGCCGCCCAGCUCCAGUAUGUCGCGGUAGGUCGCCGGGCAUCCACGCAUCGAAUGCACGGAUUGGGCUUCGACCACAGCUGUCUCUGCCCAAUGACCCCAAUGAUCCCGAUGACCCCAAGAAUCCACCCAGACACUCGGGCGUCCCGCCACCCACUUCACCAAUGGAUAUCUGUCCUUCCAAGGUGCUUCCUUGUAUCACACAUGCCAUUUUUUACCUGGAGAUACAUCCUGAGCGUGCCACGCUACAUGUCACAGCGCCGACAGACCCUUGGGCUGCAACCCGAGUCUGGUCACAGCUGCACCACGAUGCAUUGCCCAAUGAUGCCCGAAAGGAGCCACAAAUGCUCUUGUCCUACUGUGUCUAGAACCUCUGCAAUGGAGCGAUUUUAUCCGAUCUUUGAGGGCAGUCCUUGGAGCUUUUGGUCGCGCCGCCGAGCCGAGCAGGGCGUAUCCUGCUGCAUUGCGUUGUCGCAGUGUUGUCUAGAAAAGACACAGGCGCGAAGAUCCUCAAACACCGAGUACACUCUCUCAUGAGCUUGACAAGUUUUCUCUCUUUCUCUUGCAUAUCGCGCCCUCCCUUAGUACUGUGACAAAGUUCCCAUCCAUUUUCCCGGACAGUCAAGCACAUUGCGUCAAGAUUUGCCUCACCAACCCGGUAGUACCUGGGGCCGCUCCAUAGAUUAGGGUUCUUCAUGCUCGUGUCUAUAGCUUCAGGGACAGCGGGAGUCUUACUCGCGAUUCUAUAAAUUAGCUUCACUUCUCGCUCUCAGGGCAUAUCGCAU